GGUUCUCUCCGGAAUCUGUCAGCGACACCACUCUGCCCAGCCGCCCAGCUGCCACCAUGAAGUGCAAGACGCUUCAGAUCCGAUGGCACGACAUCAUGCCGAUAUUCGCCGUUGACUUUGAGCCGUCUCCAAAGCCUCCCAGCCAGCACGCCCGGCUUGCGACAGCCGGUGCCGACGGAAACGUUCGGAUCUGGAGAAUCGUCGGUGCCGACCAUGAGCUCCCCAAGGUCGAGUUUUUAUCGAAUCUGAGUCGCCAUAGCGGACCUGUCAACAUUGUUCGAUGGUCUCCAACUGGGGAAACGCUGGCGUCAGCCGGCGACGAUGGAACGAUCAUACUCUGGAGGCGAGUUGAAGGUGCUUCCGAAGCGCAAAAUGCACUUCAGGAUGAUGACGAGAUCGAAAGUAUGGAGACCUGGAAGGUGGCAACAAUCAUGAGAGCUCUGGGAUCCGAAAUCUAUGACCUGACAUGGUCGCGGAACGGUGCAUAUAUCCUGUCGGGAUCGAUCGAUAACACUGCCCGUCUGUGGGAUGUCAAAGAAAAUCGGUGCAUCCAUAUCCUUUCGGAUCAUACCCAUUUCGUCCAAGGCGUAGCAUGGGAUCCUCUUGGCAAGUACAUUGCCACACAAAGCAGCGAUCGAUCUGUGUUUGUCUACCAGUACAGCUUUGCUUCUAGAGGCAACAAAGACUCAUCCAUCUCCAUCAAGCGAGUGGGCGCAAUGUCCAAGAUAGCAGAAAGGGCUAGCUCCAAGGACAGCUCUGAGAACGUCAGGACGAAGCAUGAAGGGCAGAUUUCCGAGCAUCAAAAUCACGGCUCGGAAGUUACUGACGCAAAUGCAGCGACAUCGGAUGCGCCGACCCCAGCUGCAUCAAAGUCUGCACCAAAAGCGUUCCGGAUGUUCCACGAUGAAACCUUGACCUCAUUCUUCCGUCGCCUGACUUUUACUCCGGACGGAUCGAUGCUGUUGACCCCCGCGGGCCUCUACCGCAACCCCCAGUAUGAGGGUCCCUCGAAUCCCUCAGCGCCAGCGCCAGCGUCUUCCAGCGACACAAGUGAAUUCAAAAAUGUGUUUUAUGCCUAUGGCCGUGGGAAGCUGGAGGGCGACGAGCCGCUGCUCUAUUUUGGGGGCCACCGAAAACCCGUCAUCGCCAUUCGGUGCUGCCCAGUUGCCUUUCGGCUUCGCGAGAUCGAAGCUUCCGAUCCAGAGUCACAAAAGCCUCCGUCUCUCAUUCGACUGCCGUACCGACUCGUCUAUGCGAUUGUAACUCAAGACUCGAUCGUUGUGUAUGACACUCAGCAAAGCAGUCCGUUGGCCAUGCUGUCGAACCUUCACUACUCGACAUUCACGGAUCUAUCAUGGUCUCCAGACGGGCGCACUCUCAUCGCAGCAUCGACAGAUGGCUACGCUUCGAUUGUCACGUUUGGUGAGAACGAGCUGGGAAUCCCGCUACCAGCGGACGAAGUUCCUGUCGGCAUGGCACCGGAGGCUGAUGGCGAAUCGGCCGAGAUGGCGUCGGCAGAUACGAAACAGACUCCAGCGCUGCCGAAUGUACCUUGUGCUGUCGACGUAGAGAUGUCUGCGCCGUGCCCGGAGAUGGUUCCACCUGCCAGUGCACCAUUUUCCGAGUCGGCACAUAUUCAGCCUGCAGCAGUCUCAAGCAACCCCGACAAGCCACCAAGCCCGCCGCUUGCCAAAACCUUACUGCAAUCACCCGCCACAGAUCCGCCGACCCAGAGUCAACCGCUGCAGGACAAUGCCACGCCAAUAAUCGAUCUGACGGCGCUUCCCGAUGCAGACGGAAACACUGGCGGUGUCAAGAAAAAGCGGAGAAUUGCACCGACCUUGAUCAGCGAUGUGGCUCUGUAACGAACCCGUUCCUGCUGCCUGAAUACAACAUUGAUCGAUCGAUCGAUCGAUACCACCUGCAAUGAAA